AUGAUGAAGGGUAUCAAGUUAGGCUGUCCUUCUAUGGAGUGCCGGAGCCUGCCUGCCUCCCUCCCUCUGCCCCAGCCCCACCCUUUUACUGUGGUUGGACUGGAAAUAAAGCUGCCCCUGUUUUUGGGACCUGCUGUGGUCAGGGCAGCUGGAGUGGCUACCACCAACCUGCCGCUGCUCCUCUUGUGUGACAUCACCCUUCUGGGAAGUCCUUCAUCUCUGCCUGGUCACAUAGGAGCUGGGAGGCCUCUCAGAUGUCACUUUCUGUUCUGCAACUGAAGGAGGGGAGAAUGUCUCCCAGUGCCUGGAAUAAAGAGGAAAAUCGAGGAGAGAGAUUGUGGCUCUUCGUGUGUUGGGUCUUUAGGAAAGCUCUAGAAAGUGCUGCGUUUCCUAGAGUCACCUGUGGGGUUUUCCCUGAGUCUCACCAGGUCAGAGGCAAUGACUCAGGAUGCAGCCAGCAGCCACCACGUGCACAGAGGACCGCAUCCAGCAUGCCCUGGAGCGAUGCUUGCAUGGACUGAGCCUUGGACGCCGUUCUGCAUCCUGGUCAGCUGGACUGUGUCUGAACUGCUGGAGCUUACAGGAGCUGGUCAGCAGGGACCCAGGCCACUUUCUCAUCCUCCUGGAACAGAUCCUACAGAAGACCCGAGAGGUCCAAGAGAAAGGCACCUACGACCUCCUGGUCCCACUGGCUCUGCUCUUCUACUCCACGGUCCUUUGUACACCUCACUUCCCGCCGGAUUCAGACCUCCUUCUGAAGGCAGCCAGCACCUACCACUGCUUCCUGAGCUGGCCGGUUCCCUACUGCAGCAUCUGCCAAGAGCUGCUCACCUUCAUUGAUGCUGAGCUCAAGGCCCCAGGGAUCUCCUACCAGCGGCUGGUGAGGGCUGAGCAGGGCCUGCCCAUCAGGAGCCACCGAAGUUCCACUGUCACUGUGCUGUUGCUGAACCCGGUUGAGGUCCAGGCUGAAUUCCUUGCUGUGGCAGACAAGCUGAGCGCACCUGGACAGUCACCACAUGGCGCCUACACCACCCUGCUCCUGCACGCCUUCCAGGCCACCUUUGGGGCCCACUGUGACCUUCCUAGCCUGCACCGCAAGCUGCAGUCCAAGACGCUAGAAGAGCUCGAGGACAUCUUCACCGAGACUGCAGAAGCCCAGGAGCUGGCAUCUGGCAUUGGGGACGCAGCAGAGGCCCGGCAGUGGCUCCAGACCAAGCUGAAGGCAGUGGGAGAAAAAGCUGGCUUCCCUGGCAUCUUAGACACUGCAAACCCUGGAAAACUCCACACCAUCCCCAUCCCUGUCGCCAGGUGCUACACAUACAGCUGGAACCAGGACAGUUUCGACAUCCUACAGGAAGUCCUUCUCAAGGAACAGGAACUGCUGCAGCCAGGGAUCCUGGGAGAUGAUGAAGAGGAGGAAGAGGAGGAGGAAGAGGAGGACUUGGAGAUGGACAGGCACUGUGCUGAAAGGGACUCGCUCCUCUCCACCAGCUCUCUGGUGUCCCACGACUCUGCUCUGCUGCUUACCUCCUCUCAGGCCCCGGGGCCAGUGCUGUCCCGCCAGGUUCUGACCACCUUCGUCUCGGGGCUCUCGGAUGGCGUGGACAGUGGUUACGUGGAGGACAGCGAGGAAAGCUCCCCAGAGUGGCCCAAGAAGCCCGGCAGCCGGCAACGCCAGGGUCACCGCAGGCCUGGGCAUAAGUUCAACAGGAUCUAUAAGCUCUUGAAGAGCACCAGCCAGCUGGUCCUGUCCCGGAGGGACUCUCGGAACCUGGAGGGCAGCUCCGACCCAACCCUGCCCCUGCGGCGGGCAGGGAGCCUCUGCAGCCCCGUGGACUGUCCAGCCCAGUUCCCCUCCAGGGCUCAGCGCUCACACUCCCUACCCCAGCCCAAGCUCAGCACCCAAAUACCCAGCUGGCUUCUGGCCCCACCCUCACACCACCAGCGCCGCCGCCGCCCCUUCCUCAGUGGGGAUGAGGACCCCAAGGCUUCCACACUACGGGUUGUGGUCUUUGGCUCUGAUCGAAUUUCAGGGAAGGUGGCCCGGGCGUACAGCAAGCUCAGGAGACUGGAGAACAGCCACCCGCUCCUCACACGGUUCUUCAAGCUUCAGUUCUUCUACGUGCCUGUGAAGCGAAGCCACGGAACCAGCUCGGGCGCCCGCCCGUCCUCUCUGAGCCAGACGUCCCCGCUCCCUGCAGACCCCUUGAGGCGCCACAGCCCUGCUGAGCUUGGCAUGGCCCCGUGGGAGGACAGUACCAACGACAUCUCUCACUACCUCGGAGUGCUCGACCCCUGGUACGAACGCAACGUGUUGGGCCUCAUGUACCUGCCUCCGGAAGUCCUUUGCCAGCAGUCCCUGAAGGCAGACCCUCGGCCCCUGGAGGGCUCGGCCACCCAGCUGCCCAUCCUGGCCGACAUGUUGCUCUACUACUGCCGAUUCGCGGCCCGGCCCGUGUUGCUGCAGGUCUAUCAGACGGAGCUGACCUUCGUCGGCGGAGAGAAGACGACGGAGAUCUUCCUUCAGUCCCUGGAACUGGGUCACUCGGCGGCCACGCGGGCUAUCAAGGCGUCAGGUCCGGGCAGCAAGCGGCUGGGCAUCGAUGACGACCGGGAAGCCGUCCCCCUCACACUACAGAUUAUUUACAGUAAGGGGGCCAUCAGUGGGCGAAGCCGCUGGAGUAACCUAGAGAAGGUCUGUACCUCCGUGAACCUCAACAAGGCCCGCCAGAAGCCAGAGGAGCUAGACUCCAGCGUGGAGAUGCUGACGCUAACCCUGACAGAGGUGCUGAAAAGGCAGAACCCGAGGUCCAAAAAAGGCUUUAACCAGAUCAGUACAUCCCACAUCAAAGUGGACAAGGUGCAGAUCAUCGGCUCCAGCAGCUGCCCCUUUGCUGUGUGUCUAGACCAGGAUGAGAGAAAGAUCCUACAGAGCGUGGUCAGGUGUGAAGUGUCGCCCUGCUACAAGCCGGAGAAGAGCAGCCUGCCACCCCAGAGGUCCUUCAGCCAGCCAGCACAGGCUGCUCCUGACCUGUGCUCCCUUCUCUGCCUCCCCAUCAUGACGUUCAGUGGAGCGCUGCCCUAGUGCUGAGGGACCAGGCUGGACAGGAAAGCGCCCAGGUUCUCCUGGACCACUCUCCAGGGCAGCUGCUCUCUGUGGAGAACCGAACUGUCCUGGGCUGCAUCAGGAUCCCUCUGUAGGCCCUGCCAUGGGCCAGGGACAUGUGGCCAAUGGUAUCUGGAACCUCGGAGAUCUGAUGAGGAAACAGGCAUUAGGAGAGAAGGGCCUCACCUUGUACAUUCCUCGGAGCAGAGGGAGGCAUGGGUGAGUGACCCUGAAGAAAGGUCUGAGUCUUGACUGUGGUUUAGGCCUCCUUUCCAAGCCCUAGGCUGGGCCUGCCUUUGGUUUGUCUAGAGGUCAGUCUCUCGGAGGCAUAGACUGGAGAAAGCUGGGGGAGACCUUCAUUCCUGGCCUCAGAUACCAUCUCUUUAUCCUACCACCCCUAUUACAACAUGCACCCUUUCUCUCUGAAGUUCCCCGGAUCCCUUGAAAAACAGCACUAAUAUUUGGUCCAUUGCUAGGACCUGGUACGGUUUCUUUUCUGAGCCCCUUUCUGGGUCUCAGAUGCUGGGGAGACAGGACAAACUUGGUUCCUUUCUAGCCAAAUGAGCAGAGGAAGUUGAUGUUUCUUUGAUCCUCCAUUUCCUCAGUAUUUAAGUAAAAGGGAACUAAGUCCUCAGAGGGAGUGCCCCUGAAGACCUUGCCCAGGGCCUGGCUCACAGCAGCUGCGCGGAAAGACUGGUGCCUGGCCCUCUGCGGCUGAUGCCCUGCUUUUGCCCUCGAGUACUGUCCUUGCUUCAAGGUCAUCCUCAGUUGACCUUUCCCCACCUACAGAUGAGGCUGAGCCCAUGCGGGCUAAGCAGCAGUCAGGAAGGGCCACCUGGGUACGAGUCCUCCUCCACUUCCCUAGCAGACGGGUCCAGGGCCGGCACUUCCUCUCAGUUGGAGGGCUGGUGCGCACUGUGUGCGGCAGCUUCGCCCUCACACAUUGUCUAGACAAGAUCUCAGCAAGGUAGAGGACAGAGAGGUGACUAGCUAAUGGGAGAGACGGGGCACUCAUGUACAGGGAAAACUGGCACACAACAGGCCAAGACCCAGAAACUGAAGCCUCCCGGACUGGGGUGGGGGGCUCAAAAAGUUGACAAAAAGGUAGCUAGAGUGAUAAGGCAGCAGGCUGGACCAGGACUUGGGCUGGCACAGGCCGGUAAGGAACCUCGGAAGCUUAGCAAGAUGCACAGAGAGCCCUCCUUCCUGCCCUCCAGAACUGUUUUGCACCAGAGACCCUGGGCUCCUCUGAGCCCAUGAAACGCCAGAGCGCCCGUGACUUGGGAGACUGUGGACAGAGUCACUGUGUUGUCAUCCCUGCAUCCUAGCUGUCCGUGUGUCUGUCAGGUUCUGGAACAGUGUCCAGUCAUGCAUCUCAGUGUACUUCAACUUGCCACGUGAGCGUGUUGUUCUCCUCGAUGACCGGCAUGACAUGAAUCAAUGGAUGGAAUUUAAUAUUAUUAUUAAAUAAAAUUGAUUUAUUGUAUAGUUAGUGACCUACA